UGGACCCCUGCGUGCGGUGGUAGGCGGGGGCGGGCUCCGCCGGGCCUCCUCUGCUGUGCUGGAUGCCGGGCCUUACCCUCUGUCCAUGGCCGGAUCUGAUCCAAACACUUAAUGUUUCCUGAGGUUUUGAGGAGGCAGAUUACAUAGCAAAUAUUUUACUUAAUGUGGGUUAUUUCCGCGCCGUAUGUGAAAUCUCAACUAUUAAAAACCCUUGUCAGCGGUAGAAAUGAUCCGUGCUGUACAAAGCCUUCACCCAGUGUCCAAGGCGGCAAGCUGUCUGCAGUGACCCAAGGUGAAAGAUGACCUUGGGACGCCUGGCUGGCCCAUUCGGAAGAGCAGGUGACCCUUGAUCUCGUGGUCGUGAGUUUGAGCCCCACGUUGGGUGUAGAGAUUGCUUAAAAAAAAGGUGAACUUGUCCUGUGGGUCUACACGUCUGACCCCGUGUCCAUGUUGCUCUCCCUCGGAGGGGUCACCGGCCCCUCCCUCUUAUGUGGAGUCCCUGGUGGACGUUGGACGUCCCCAGUAGUUGUCCCAGCUGAACCGCUGAGUGCAAGCUGUGUUUGGAGUCUCUUGAUUCAGGGAGGAAGCCCCUGACCAAACUCGGGCUGCAUGGACACAGGUGAAGGAGUCCUGGAGGUGUGGAGAGUGGUCUUGCAAAGGGCGUUGCCAGCAUCUCCCCCAGGAAGCUUCCCCAGGCCCAAGUCUGAGACUGGAAACUGCAAAUGCAGCCGAGGGGUCUGGGUCUGGGUCUGAGGCUGGAGUGACCGUCAUGGGGGGCAGACUGCUGUGGGGACAAUGCCCAGUGUCUGGGUACAGAGAAGCGGCUGCUGGCCUGGGCCUCCCCUCCAGGGGCAGUAGGGAGGGCGUGGAGGACUGGGGAGCAGGGUCUCUUUGGUGGUUUUCCAGGCAGCUCCUGUGCUCACGGGGGGGAGCCGGGCCGCUGGAAGGAACCAUGGGAUGCAGGGGAGAAGGGGAGGGGGCACUGAAGAGCAGAGAGCUGCUUCCCUGACACUGGGCCCGAGCCCAAGGGGGCCGCGUCCCCCUGCAGAGCACAGCUUGGCUGAGACUCAUGGACCAGUGGGCCAGCGAAGUGGCUCCUGCUUCCUGCUGACGGUCGAGGUGCCUGGGGAUGGGAGCAGAACCCAUGGUUCAGCCGGGGCUGGGCCUGUUUGAGGCCCACUGCCGUGUGGCUCCCCCGUCCAGCUUCAGAGGUCGUCUGCUGUAGGUCGACCCGCCUGUAGGACCGUGCUGGAGGCUGGCCAGUUGGCGGUACCCACACAGCAGCCAGUCGGAGAUGGUGCACUGGCCCUCGCACUCUGACACACUGAAGCCCUGACGGAUCGGGCCAUCAGGUGCCCAGCCUCCUGGGCACCGCAGGAGGGGUCUAGCAGCUCAGUGGGAGUCCCUGGGCUACCUUCCUGACCUGGUGGUGGGUGCAGGUCACAUCCAGUGUUCUAUCCGGGCAGAGCACAAGGGGAUCUUCUGCAGCGUGGCCCCCUUCAAGACCCAGGCAUUGGGAGCCGGCUCACCAGCUGGACACCCGAAAGAGCUGAGGCUCCAGCAGCGAGCUCAGACUUUGCCAUAACCGCCCGCUGUUGUCCCUGGACCCGACCACCUCUGCCUGAACCGGGAGGGGGGACGGAUGACCCCAGGCCGACUCUCCUCACAUCUUCCCCACCAGGCUUGUCUCUGGGGCAGCUCUGCUUGUAGUGGCCACGGACACGGUCUGGGGUUGGGGUCUGCCUUCAUCGUUCCUAGUGGACGUCUGGAAAUUGAGGAGUGCCGGGAGGAGGACUCUUACGCUGUCCACUAGGACCAGUGUGCCCGCUUCCUCUAGACUGGACUGCAAGCAGCAGCUCCUCUGGGGGCUAGCCACGGCUCCGACCGUUCCUAGUCCUGGUCCACUGAGGGGCAGCGGUCAGCCCCCCCGGGCCCCCGUUUUGUGGCGACUGACUGCAAGGUUUUGUUGGCUUGAGCUGGCCCGGGUCAUCCUGUUGCCUGCAGUGGGCAGGUGGUUAAGGAAGGGCCCUAACUCUCCCUGGGGACCCACCCACUGGUUUUCAGGUCCAGCUGGGGGGAAAUCUUGUGCUCCCUCUCCUUGGGCUGGACAGCUGUGGAGGCAGCAGGCUCCUCUGGCAGGGCUCACCGUCGUGCGGACCUCCGGAUUGCAAAGGCCUGGGGACCUGUCCCUUUCCCCUGCUGGCUUAGGACAGCAGGAAGCUGAGAGGCCUGGUUGGGUGAGGGCACCCCCUCAGGCUGUAAGGGUUGGCCUGUGCCCCAAGAAGAGGAGUGGGUAGAGGGACUCAGGCACCCUCAGCUAGGCCACCCACCAUGCCUUUCUCUGAGGUCAGUCAGUCCCUCCCCUCGCUAGCCAUGCUCACCCCCAGUGGAGGGCCAGUGCCCAGGGUCACCUAGGCCAGGACAAGGCUGGGAGCCCAGUAGGUCAGCUGUCCUUCCUAGGUCCUGCCUUUCUCAGGAGCAGGGUCGGAACCAGGCUUCCGGGCAUCACCGGGACCCUGGGGUCGGGGGCCUCUGUCAGAGGGCCUGGAGGGGGCCUGUGGUAGGGCUGGAAGGAUCCGGAGGGGCUGAGUGAGGUGGGUCAUAUGUAGGAAGGGCAGAUGGGGCUGUGGGUCCUGAUGGAGUUUGUCCCUACCCUGGGACCUCCUGGGCCACCACCCUGAAGGGGCUGGGUGUGAGGUGCGGGGAGCUUAGCUGGGAGGCGGGUGGAGUGAAUUCACGUUAACAGUUUCCAGGGUGAGCUGGCCCUCCUGGAGAAGGGUGGGGGCUGUUUCCAAAGGCAGGGAGCGCCCCGGGGAGGCGCAGCCCCUUGCAGCAGCCUAACGCCCCCGUCCACGCCCCCGGGCUGGCGGGGGAGCCCUUGUUGGCUGGCAGACCAGCAGAGUGUGAGCCCUCCCCCUUGGAGUUUUGGGGAGGAGGGGAAGGCUUAUUUGGCGGCGUGCGCGGGCAGCCCGGGCGGGCACUGCGUGUGAGGGGAGGCCGGCGCCGGCCCCAGCCCGCGGGCUCAGGAGCGCGUCUGCCUCUGCCGGGUCCCUUGUGUCGUCCGCCCGUCGUGGUGCCCGUCCUACUGCUGUCCAGGCUCGCCCUGCCUGCGCAUGCACGGGGGGCGGCUAGGUGCCCCCUGGGGCUGUGUCUUCCCCCGGGGGCCCUGAGUGCCGGCUGCAGUGCCGCCCCCAUGAGCACACCUGGGAGUCCCCGCUCGCCGCGCUGAGCCGCCACCAAGGUCUGGAGCCGCUGGGCGCCAUGCGCUGGGCUUGGGCCGCCGCCAUGGCCCUCUGGCUGCAGGUCAUGCUCCUUGGGGGCGUCGGGGCGCAGCGGGAGCCCAAGAGGCCACGGCAGCCCAGCCAGCGCACUGAGCCCCCCACGGCCACCGCGUCCAACAGUGAGGGGCUGCUCCGCUCCCCCAAGCCACCUGAGGCCCUGGGGUCUGAGUUCUCAGACGCCCACAUGACAUGGCUGAACUUCGUCCGGCGGCCAGAUGAGGGGGCCUCGAAGACACGGUGCCGGGGCCGGGAUAAGAAGUCGAGAGGCCUCUCUGGCCCCCCCGGGCCCCCCGGGCCUCCUGGACCCCCCGGACCCCCCGGUGCCGCAGUCACCCAGGAGGCCCUGCUUCGAGAGUUUCAGGAGAUGCUGAAAGAGGCCACCGAGCGCCGGUUCUUGGGGCUGCUGGGCCCGUUGCUGCCUGAGGGGACUGGUGGGCGGCUGGUGGCCGAGGCUUUCCACUGUGCACUGAAGGGCCCCAUGGUGGUGGACGAGAAGACGCUGGUGGAGCUGCAUGGCUUCCAGGCCCCCACGGCCCAGGGCGCCUUCCUGCGGGGGUCUGGCUUGAGCCUGGCGUCAGGCCGGUUCACAGCCCCGGUGACCGCCAUCUUCCAGUUUUCUGCCAGCCUGCAUGUGGACCACAGGGAGCUGCAGGGCAGGGUGCGGCCGCGGGCUCGGGACACAGUGCGGGUGCUCAUCUGCAUUGAGUCCCUGUGUCAUCGACACACGUCCCUGGAGGCCAUCUCGGGCCUGGAGAGCCGCGGCAGGGUCUUCACCGUGCAUGUGGAGGGGCUGCUGCAAUUGCAGGCCGGACAGUAUGCCUCCGUCUUUGUGGACAACGGCUCCGGGACCACCCUCACCAUCCAGAGUGGCUCCAGUUUCUCCGGCCUGCUCCUGGGCACGUGAGGGCCAGACAGGGGCCAAGAGCACCUGCUGGCCCUCACACACCCACUGUCCUCUGUUAAACCUGUGGUCACAGCAAUAAAGAGCUCUCAGCCCUCCCUGUCGCCUGGUUACUGAGUCAUCGUGGAGGUGGGGGUGGGGGUGCAGCCCCGGAAGGACGUGCUGUCUCAUGUCCAGUCUUGGAGGCAGCGGCCCCUAACACCUGCAGGGCCAGGGGCCCAGACCCAUUCAGCCUGGGAACCAGAAGUCCCAGAAGUUGGUGAGUCAGAUGGCAGCCGGAUACCGUGCGCGGUCCCUGUCUGGGGUGCA